UCCAGCGGUGGGUGUGUGCUUUUCCUCCGUGAUUUCCUCCUGAUCUACAGGCCGGACCGGGUGUCGGAUCUCCGGAACAGCAGCUGGAUAUGAGCCCCGCUGGCUCUGAUGAUUUUCUUCAGUGAAACUCAGAGACUCCAGCAUCACUCAGCAUGUCUGCUCUACAGGACUCGUGGCCGUCCGGCACUGAAUGUGUGGCCAAAUAUAAUUUCCAGGGCAGCACCGAUCAGGACCUGCCCUUCUGCAAAGGAGACCUGCUGACCAUCAUCGGUGUAACCAAGGACCCAAACUGGUAUAAAGCAAAGAAUGCGAUUGGCCGCGAGGGAAUGAUUCCAGCAAACUACGUCCAGAAGAGGGAAGGAGUAAAGUCUGGAGGAAAACUAAGCCUGAUGCCCUGGUUUCACGGUAAGAUCUCGCGUGACCAGGCCGAGCGUCUGCUGUAUCCGCCUGAAACGGGUUUGUUUCUGGUGCGCGAGAGCACAAACUACCCCGGCGACUACACACUGUGUGUAAGCUGCGAAGGCAAGGUGGAGCAUUACCGCAUUAUUUACCACAGCGGGAAACUGUCCAUCGAUGAGGAGGAGUAUUUCAACAACCUCAUGCAGCUGGUGGAGCACUACACUAAAGAUGCUGACGGUCUGUGCACGCGUCUCCUCAAACCCAAGCUGAUGGAGGGAACGGUGGCGGCGCAGGAUGAGUUCUCCAGGAGUGGAUGGGCUCUAAACCGCAGAGACCUCAAGCUCUUCCAGCCCAUCGGAAAAGGAGAGUUUGGAGAUGUGAUGAAGGGAGACUACAGAGGGACGAGGGUUGCAGUGAAGUGUAUUCUCCACGACGCCACAGCGCAGGCCUUUCUGGCUGAAGCCUCAGUGAUGACUCAGCUCAGACACACUAACCUGGUGCAGUUGUUGGGUGUGAUCGUGGAGGAGAAAGGCAGCUUGUUCAUUGUCACUGAAUUCAUGGCUAAGGGCAGUCUGGUGGAUUAUUUGCGCUCUCGGGGCCGGACAGUUCUAGAUGGCGAGUGUCUCCUCAAGUUCUCUCUGGAUGUGUGUGAAGCGAUGGAGUAUCUGGAGGUCAAUAACUUCGUCCACAGAGAUCUGGCGGCUCGUAAUGUGCUGGUGUCUGAAGAGAACAUCGCUAAAGUCAGUGACUUCGGUCUCACCAAAGAGGCUUCGAGCUCGCAGGACACCGCUAAACUGCCCAUCAAGUGGACCGCGCCGGAGGCCCUGCGGGAGAAGAGGUUUUCUACUAAGUCAGACGUGUGGAGUUUCGGGGUUCUCCUGUGGGAGAUCUACUCAUUCGGACGUGUGCCGUACCCCAGAAUUCCGCUGAAGGAGGUGGUCCCGCGGGUGGAGAAGGGCUAUAAGAUGGACGCUCCUGAUGGCUGUCCGCCUGCCGUGUAUGAGCUGAUGAAGCAGUGCUGGACUCUAGACGCUGCGGGACGGCCCUCAUUCCUCCUGCUGCGCGAGAAACUGCAGAACAUCCGGCUGAAGGAGCUGCACCUCUGACAGUCUACUGCACACGAGAGAGAGAGAUCUCUAUUGUACCUGAGAGACUCUAUUGUACACCACUGUACCUGAGAGACUCCAUUCUACCUGAUUACAUGAAAGGUUCUACUGUACCAGUGAGGUACUCUACCCGAGAGACUCUACUGUACCAUCGAGGAACUCUACUGUACAUGAGACGCUCUACUGUACUUUACUGUACCUGAGAGAUUCUCUACUGUACUUUACUGUACCAUCGAGGAACUCUACUGUACAUGAGACACUCUACUGUACUUUACUGUACCUGAGAGAUUCUCUACUGUACUUUACUGUACCAUCGAGGAACUCUACUGUACUUUACUGUACCUGAGAGAUUCUCUACUGUACUUUACUGUAUGAGAGAGAAUCUACUGUACCAUCGAGGAACUCUACUGUACAUGAGACACUCUACUGUACUUUACUGUACCUGAGAGAUUCUCUACUGUACUUUACUGUACAUGAGAGAAUCUACUGUACCAUCGAGGGACUCUACUGUACCUGAGAGAGACUCUUCAGAGCUCUACUGUACCAGCAAGGGACUGUAGACUCAAGAGACUCUGACACCUGUUUGUGCAUGUGUGUGUUAGUAUGUGUGUGUGUGAACUGGUUUUGGUGGUUUAUGGGGACUCGCAUGUGCGUAAUGAUGUGUAUAAUCUAGGUAUUGCAAUGUUCUGGUGGUUUAUGAGGACAUCUAUUGCAGGGGUCUCAAACUCAAAUUGGCGGGGGGCCAUAUCAGUGACUGACAAUUCAAAGGAGGGCCGCUUUAACAUUCAAGCACAACAAAACAGUAGAAAACUGAUGUACCCCAGAGUAGGAAUGCAGUCAAAGCUCCUUUUCCAUGUUUCUUAUUGGACAUAUUGAAGGGGUAGUUUAAAUUGCUAUGAAAAUACGACACAUUUAAUAAUAGGCAUCAUAAUAAUAAUUACUAUUAUUGUGUCCCAAUCAAUUGUUGCUUAACCAAACGUUUAACAGAAACCGGG